AGGAAGGGGGCAAACACUUUUUCACACAACUGUAUUUGCAGAUUGACCGCAAAGGUCCCCUCCUUCUGACUUUCCUCUUUGCCCCACAGAUGGAGGAGGAGACCACAGGGCAGAGGGCCCCUUGGCUGCAGGACUGUGUAGUGUCCCUGUCGCCCUGCUCUGACCUGCUAGUAGUGGCCCGCGAACAGAAGGCUGUCUUUCUCUCAGCUAAGUGGCUUACUGAUGACAGCGGCAGAGAGGAGAUGACCUUGGCUGUGUCUUGGACUGGAACCCUUAGCACUGACGAAGGAGAGUGUGUGAGCAGCUCCAUCUGUAUACCAUUGGCAAGCCAGAAAAGGAGCUCAACAGGGCGGCCCGAUUGGACAUGUGUAGUUGUGGGUUUCACUUCAGGCUAUGUCCGUUUCUACACAGAGAACGGGGUUCUCCUCCUGGCCCAGAUGCUGCACGAGGACCCUGUAUUGACGCUCAAGUGUCGCACAUACGAGAUCCCUCGUCACCCUGGAGUCACUGAGCAGCAUGAAGAGUUGAGUAUCCUCUAUCCUGCCGCUCUGGUCACUAUCGACGGCUUCAGCCUCUUUCAAUCUCUGCGUGCCUGCAGGAACCAGGUGGCAAGAGCAACAGCAGCAGGUAGUGAUGUGAUCCAACCUCCUCCCCUGGCCUAUAAGAAGUGGGGUCUGCAGGACAUGGACACCAUUGUGGACCACAGUAGUGUGGGUAAGAGACUAUUUUUCAAACAGUCAAAUUAUUUUUGUUCAUACCGGUGGUUGAUUGCCCAAUGCUGGACUGAAUGGUGGCUUACCCAUCUUUUGAUUUUCUAUUACAUCACAGAGUUAAAGUGAUUAAAGGUAAUUCUGAAUUAGUACUACAGAAUUCUUCAUAACACAUAUGACAAAAUUCUUCUCACAAAACUUUGACAAAAACACCUUCCAGGGGAAGGCAGCAUUCUGUGUAUUUAUGUUGGGCUGUACUGUAAGUCCUUUUUUUACUCACGAAGGUUCUAUAUCAGAGGUAGCCAACACGGUGCCCGCGGCCACCUGGUCGCCCGCAUGGACCACGUGAGUCGCCCGCAAGGC